AUGCCUGCAUACUGCUACACAAAUGACACUGAUGUGGAAGAGAAUGAUUCAAAUAAAAACGACAAUGAAUACGAUGAUCUUACCGUAAAACUAGAAGAGAGUAAUUCAGAUGAUGGGCAAUCGGUGCAAUCGGGGCAACUGAUAAUCCCAGUCAUGAAGACGGCGAUUUAG